AGCGAGUACGAUCGCAAAACAUUCUGAUAUGUUCGUUUACAAACGAACGUCGUAGAGAACUUUUACAAGUCACAUUUUUGCGAUCAAUUAUCGUCGAUAGUUAAAACUCUGCUAAAAUAAGCGCGUUCUACAGUCCACCCCUGAGAAGCUACAGGUGGACUCCUCGGUUUCUCAGCAACUAGGCAGGCGUAACUAACUUUUGAAUUCUCGCACUAGAGCAGAAUAUAAGUUAGUCAGAUGAGGCAAGUUAGACCAUUUGAAGCUGUCACAGACUAAGACACAUUUUCAUUCAGUUUGUUUUCUUGGGACUUUUCAGAAGUAAGCGGCCUACAUGUAUCGAAACUACGGGAACUUUGGGCGAGGUACAGAUCAGAACUUCCCCGAUAACAGCUUUGGAUCUGGGUCGAGCUCUGCCAGUAGCACUCAAGCCACCACCACCGGUACGACUCAGCAUCAAGAGCCAAAAUACUCAGUGGCAGGAUCCAGUCAAUUUGUCCCCACUCUAAAUGCCAUAACUUCAAACCAAGAUCUACAGUGGCUUGUGCAGCCUUCUGUUUUCUCAAUGCAAGGCCCAUCUAAGCAACCUCCUCGUCACCCUUACCCCCUGCCACCAAGACUACCAUCUGUGAACCUUCAGCCCACCCAAUCACAACUUCUUCGACCAGGAGUCAUCAGGGCAGUAACAGCCUCAGGAAGCUCCACAAGACGCAGAAAUGAUGAACAUUUAUCACAGGACGAACUCGAAAGGCGCAGAAUUAGAAGGGAACGAAACAAACUGGCUGCGGCCAAGUGUAGAACUCGUCGCCGUGAACUGACUGACUCACUUCAGAAUGAAACUGACCAGUUGGAGGACAAAAAGUCCCGUCUGCAGAAAGAGAUUGCCGAACUAGAAAAGGAAAAAGAAAAGCUUGAACUGGUUCUUGAGGCCCAUCGACCAAUCUGCAAAGUACAGGACUCUGAUUCAGAUUCUGACUCUAAUCCAGUUCUUCCUACCCUGAGUGGAAUUAAAAUUGAACCAGUCGACUCUGAACUUCCUGGACCCUCCAGAAAAUGCCAGAUUCCCACCAAACAGGAGAAACCAAAGCCAAAAAUCAUCAUUCCACCUCCAUCUACAACGUCUUCUGAUAUAAAUCUAGAACCAGAUACCCUUCAUACUCCAAUCCUCCUUUCCACACCUUCUCUGACUCCGUUCACUUCUAGCCUAAUCUUCACCUAUCCUACUACCUCUCUUGACAGCAAUACUCCUACUUCAUCGCAAACACACAGCCUUUCUGCCGCCUCCACAACUCAGCAUGGUACAUUCCAGACCUCCCGAAAUCCAGAGCCAUGUGCUAUUGCCCAUCGACGAAGCAGCAGCAGUGGGGACCAGUCAGAUCAAUCCCUCAACUCUCCUACAAUCCUGACCAUUUAAUCUGUUUUUCUCAUGGGGAAACAAGUGCUCUGAAUGUCUCAGGUGUGUUUUAUUACUAGGUCAGAGGGACAAAAGUGUAUUUGUGAAUACACUAAAGAUUGUACUUUUUGUCCUAAAAUUCUACCUUUAACACUGUCCUCUUAUAUGCUUAGAGAAAAUGAGGUUUGUUAAACUCUUAGACUAUUCCUGGUUCCUAAAUCGAUUGCAAUCAGAACCCUCUGUAAUGGAGAGGCACAUUGCUGUUGGGUUUUAAAAACAACAUCCAAAGGUUUCCCCAGUAUGACUAAUUUAAUAAACCCUUAAUUGGGUUUCAAAUUUAAGUGGUGUAGCUUUAACGCUAACAUGCAGUAUUAAAUAAAACCAAAUCAGAAAUACUGCAAUGCACAAUAUAGCAUUCAGUAUAUUAUAUUAUGACUACAAACUAUAAAAAAUUUGUAUGAAAAACAUUACUAUGAUCUAUGAACUAUAAUAUAAACUACUUUAUAUGCUAAAUUGUAUUUAGUUAUUCCUUAUACUUUAUACAAAACAUUUAUAUUAGAAAUAUUCAUUAUUUGACUGAUUAAUAGGCAUACAAGCCUACUAACUUGUUUGGAUGAACACUACUUUACUGUUGUUGACAGAUUUGAUAACUUUGUUCUAUGCAAUUCAAAGCUAAAAGUCUAAUGUAUUUUAAUGUAUUUUACAUGGUACAGUGUAUUAAGCUACUUAGUUACAUCAUGUCUGCUUUAAGAUAUUUAGGUAUUUUCAAUUUAUGUGAAGAUCACAAAUAUUACAAGCUUGACACAUUUCAGUAAUAAUUCAGUUACACUGAUUCAUUUGAAUUGCUCUACUGAUGAUAAACAGUCUUGGACAAAUAUGCACUUAAUACACCUUUUUCUUAAAUGCUAGCUGUUUUUUUUAUUUCCAAAGUAGCAAAGUGAAAUAUAAAAGAAUAAAGAACUUAAUAUAUUGAAAUCUACAGUAUAUGCAUUAUUACAACUUGUUUGAUCCACUACUACGGCAGGUCCAUUAGCUUGUGUGUAUUUAUUGUUAAGAAGAAACUAUUUUUUAUUUUUCAAACACUGAGAAAACCCUAGCAGGGACGAACAAUUUUUAUACUGUAUAACAUGUAAGAGUGUAAUAAAAAUAACUUCAAAUUA